AUGGCCCCCGAGCAGGCCGUGAACGAAUCACAACACUCGCUUGAUCCUAUUCUCGCUGCUGUUCCAAAACGGACUUACACUGUUCAGAGUUUUACCAGCCCCCCAGACAGGUUAUUCGAAUAUGAAAAGGUUGAGCUGGGCGAUGCCUCGACUCCGAACCAUGCGCAGACUUUUGGCCAGUCCCCCGAAGGGCCUAAGCAAGCUAUCCGUACGGGCUUCUGGCCAAACUCAUACAAACUUCUCCCUCACUUUGCGGCUGGUGCUAUAAGUGUAGCAGUAGUCCAAUUGAGCUUCAGGAAUGAGUACUGGUAA